AUGUCAUGGCUGAUAGGGUGUCAGUGUUGGGUGCCUGAAGACAGAAAGGCUCCAGUAUCUAACACUGAUUUGAGACCUACUGAUGCACUACUAUGUCCUGUUUAUGGUCCUGUUGACAUUUGUGAGCCUUGUGACAGUUCCACUGGAGAUGGCAUUCGCUGCAGAAGCAUUUAGCUCCAUUAGUAAUGACUGGUUGGCCUUUAAUUUAUUUUCUGACAUCCUGUUUAUAAUUGAUGUUGGCCUUAAUUUUUGGACAGGCAUUCUCACAGAGGACAGUGAGAUCGUUAUCCUUGACCUGAAAGCAAUAAGGAAUGAAUACCUCAAGACCUGGUUUAUACCAGACAUUCUGUCUGCGUUCUCCAUUGACUUGGUCAUUGCUCUAGUGGAUGUAUUUUUCCAUGGUAGCAACACAGCUGAAAUACUAAGUGGAAAGAUGAUAAAGGUGCUGAUGUUUGCCAGAGUAUUAAGUCUGAUUCGUGUACUGCGUAUGUCAAGGCUGGUAAGAUUUUUUCGUUAUUUGCAGCGGGAUUGGGAUAAAAAUCUUCAGUUUUUUUUCAGAAUUGUAUUUUUAUUCAUACUGAUGGUUUUGCUAUGUCACUGGAAUGGCUGUAUUCAGUACUUCAUUCCAAUGCUACAAGGAUUUACAUCAGACUGCUGGACUGUAAAAGAGAACGUUGUGAAUGGUACAUUUGCGGAAAAAUACUUAUUUAGCAUGUUUCGAGCUGUAUCUCACAUGGUCAAGAUUUCCUAUGGAUCCAAUGACCCACCCACAGAUGAGCUGGAGAUGUGGGUUGUCAUGACUAGUAUGUUGUCUGGAAUUGUUAUGCAUAUUAUGAUAUUUUCCAGUGUGCUAACAAUGAUGAUUGACACCGAUGGAUCAGAAACCACUUUCAAGAAAAAGAUGAAACAUAUAGAAGACUACAUGACCUAUAAAAGGCUUCCUAGAGAACUGCGCACUCGUAUCAGGGAAUAUUACCGGGCACGCUACAAAGGAAGAUGGGUCCAUGAGAAUUCCCUCAGUUUGGUGUCAAAAUCUUUGAAAGAGGAAACUCUGACAGUGUUAUGUGCACACUUGCUGAAGAAUGUGCCCAUGUUUCAGAAGUGUGAUACAAAUUUAAUCAGUGCCAUUGUUUUAAAACUGCAACAUGAAGUGUUCCUAGAGGGAGACAUCGUCAUUCGCCAAAAUGCUCCUGGUGAUCGCAUGUUCUUCAUUGAGCAUGGACAGGUCAUUGUGGAGACACAAUCUUUUCAGAAGGAGCUGCAUGAUGGGGACUAUUUUGGAGAGGUUGCCAUCCUGACCAGAGGAAAGCAACUAGCCACAGUUCGCGCUCUGUCGACCUGCCGCCUGUUCUCCUUAUCAGCAGACGACUUUCAUCAGGUCCUGCAGGAGUUCCAUCAUACCGUGAUGGACAUGGAGAGUCUAGCUCAACAGCACUACGAGGAUUUGAAGAUGGCUGAGCUGAAACACGGUGCUUCCUCAAUUGAUGCUGAACCAGAGGGAUGGUAUAAGGCAGGACACACCUGGACAGCUCAUGGGUUUCCCUCAUAUUCAUUACUUAUUUCAAUUGUUACAUAUUCCAUGCAUUACUUAUUUAAAUCAUUACUUAUUUCUUAGUUCUUUAUAAAACACUUUGUUGUUGGAAAACUACUGACAAUGCAUUGCAUGUUUUUAAAGUUGCAUAUU